AUGAUCGGCAGUCGGGUCUCGUCGAGGAUCGCCCAAAGACUCAUCAAACGGGAACAGAUCGAUGUGAGCGACGACCACAACAGCGCCGGUAGUAUUGGUGGCGCUCACGACCGUCCUCUUGAGCGCAACUCUUCGGCCGUCGACUCCGCACACCACUCAUCCGCACUCAUGUCACCCGUGAUGACCAGGGCCGACGGGUUGGGCGCUGAAGUGGAUUCGGCGCGCAAUAAGUUGGACGACCUCUUGGCCCACAUAUCCAAAGGCGACUCUCAAGAGGAGGACGACUUCGACGACGACGACAUGGAGACCGACUCAUCCCCUCAUAUGAAGCGAAGGCGUUCCCAGAAGCACAAGAAGGCCGGAAAGGGUGCCAAAGAGGACGGCUUCGCGAAGCAGUCGUCGUUUGUGUUGAAACUGUUUGACCGGAGCGUAGAUUUGGCUCAAUUCAGUCACAGCACCGCCCGGGACGACGCCCCCCUCUACCCGGUGUGUCGCUCGUGGAUCCGAAACAACACUCAGUUACCAAAUCUGUACGAAUCGCCGGCCGCUCUCGAGGACUACCACAACAACGACGACUUGGAGACCAGUGGCGGACCCAUCGAUGAGAAGCCCUCAGGAAUAUAUCAUUUGCCGAAACCGUUGCCUAAACCGAAGGAUGAGUUGGGAAAUGAGAUCGAUUUACGGAUACCGGAGUCGGUUAGGAAUUACCAGAGACGCGAAUCGCAGGCCGAUGUGCUGAUCAACAGCCUGGAGGGCGACAACUUCAGCGCUCUGUUGGCCAGGAAUGUGAGCCAUUGGAAGCAAGUGCGGCAGGACUGGCACCAGUCGUCCAUCGAGAAUGAGUUGCGAUACAAACACAGCUGCGAUGUCCUGAAGGCUAUGUUUGACAAGACAUUGAAUGGACAGACAGACCAAUACAAGCCGCAGACUAUGGAUUCGAUACUAUAGAUUGCUUUUUAUAGACAAUAUGCAUGUGUUUUAUAUAAUAUAAUGGGAUUUAAAGAAUUUCCAAUUGAACGUUAUUAUCGUUUUUAUCUAAACACAAAUACAUUACACUUUUAGUUAAAUUGAUUGCACAAUAAUUACAUACUUUUACUAUUUUUUCGAC